AUGAGAUUCACAACUGUGUUUCUCCUCCUUGGAGCGAUAUCUGGACUCUGUGAGGCAGGUCUCCUGCGUUUCAGACAAAACCAAGGAUCAGUUGCUACUUCGAUCUCUAGUCUAGUCUUAUCACUGAAAUCUCACACUUACAGAUCAACAUGUACCCCCAUUACCAUCUGGCAGACUGUCGUCGUCAAUCAGAUCACCACCUUGACCGUCACUGACACUCCAGAGACUGUCACCAUCCUUCAACAAGAUCCAACUUCCAUUGCUGCUUCCAUGGCAUCAGUCGACACUGCUCAAGUCCGUCAAUCGAGUCUGCUCAACCCAAUCUCGAACUCACAAAACACAAACAAUCCCGUCUUCACUCACUCCAUUCACGUCUCUGGCUUUGAAGCCACAGAGCUUGCUGGUGAUGGUAGCACGGUCUUCUACGUGUCCAAAGGUCAAUCUACAACUGAUUGGAGUUUCUCCCCAUCUGCCUCAAUCAUUGCAGAGACAACAACCGUUACCGUGUCUCCAGUCCCUGCCCAUACUUCAGUUGCCAAACAAGCCACUACCAACAGCACCACUGGCCAUGUCCCCUUCACCAGUCCUGUUGGAGGAUGGAACUACACAAACUCAGUCUUUGAUGCAACUGGUACCAAUCCCGGUCUUGUCCCUACAGGCUCGACAUUGGUCCCAUCCUCACCAGAGCCCCUUUAUCCUGAUAGUGUCCUCACUGUCACAGCAGUCACCACUGAAUUUGUUACCGCAACUGAGUCUUCUUCCUCAGCCAUUACCGAGUCGCCAUCAUUCAAUGGCUUUGAUGCCCCUGUUGAGAUCUUCGAUAAUGGUGUGUUGGACAAGCGACAGACUUGUGUCUUGAUCUCCGCCACAAUUGGUGGUCAGCUUGCUUCAUGGUGCAACAACUGGGCUGGGUCAACUGUGCUGACAUACACAACAUGGGAGACAACUGUUACCGCUGCCCCAAUCCCGACUGCUUCUCAGAGCCCUCCAAGCUCAAGCACAGUCCAUCCCAUCCCGUCCCAUGGUUGUGGAGAGUAUGGACCUUUCAAGAUGGAUUUCGAGAAUCUACCCGUCUUUUCUACCAACAACAACGACACUACUGAUUUCCCACCCAUCUUCAAUCCUUACAACCAUUUCUACUGGGGAGCUGAGUGGUCCUUCGUUCCUCCACCUCAUGCUCCUUUCCCUCCUCAUACAGGAAGUCGUCUGGGUCAAUUUGUUCAAUCUCCCAAGUUCAACAAUACCGGCUCACCUAAUGCCGGUUUGAUCGAACCCAGUGGUUUUGGAUGUGGUCCUCGAAACUACAACGACAACUACUGGUUCAAUGCUCGAUCGGCUUGGGUUGGAUGUGAUAACAAUGCUACAUCGUCAUACACCACUUGUGACUUUGUUGCCACUGGCUAUCAAUGGGACAAUACAACACGAACCGAGAAAGUUGCAGUGACACAGCAUUUCACCAUUCCACCAUGCCCCGAUUUCAAUAAUUGCAGUUUGGGACUAAUCAACUUCAACUACCAAUUUUAUAGACUCAGCCGGUUGAGCUUCUAUGCCAACGUCAAAGGCCAAAUCAAGAGCUUUUGGGUAGAUGAUAUUGGUCUGAGUUGGUACAACAAUAGUUGUGAGGCUGGUCUCGCCCGUAUUGGCUCUCGGAAGAAAUGA